AUGGACAAUAACUACAGAACCAUUCGCACCCAAGCUUCUCCCCUCGAUGCUAUCAAGACAGAGAUGCUGGAGCUCAAGGCUUUUGUUGGUGAACUCAAGGAAGAGUCUAAGCUUAAUCGUGAUCUUUUAUUGGAACUCAUCAAGCAGUUGUCUCCUACCUUUCCUCCCGUUCAACCCACGAAUGAUGGUGUUUUUGGCAAUAAAACUGAUGUCGGAAGAGUGAUUGCUACAGCGCGUAACUUGGCUCCUGCUCCUGUAGGAAACCCUAAUUUGCGUGGCCCUCGCGAUAUAAAUCCAGUUGUCCCUGAGAUUUUGGAAUACUGGAUCAACUCUGGCAAGGUUAACUCCCAAGGAAAUGCCAUUUACCCUGAUGCCAGAACUCGUUUGCUUGGCCUCAUUAACUUUAGUAUGAAGUCAAGUGGGGACGUCAAUGAAAGGGGUUACGCUUUCAAUCAUCCGAUUGUCGUUGCUCAAUACAAAGCCCUUCGCAAGAUGUGUCUAGUUUAUCACCAACGUCUUCUUGAUGAAUACUAUUAUGUCAACGAUUUGGCCGUAGAUGACAAGGUCGUUCCAGCUUGGAGUCGUGUGGAUGAGGCAUUAAUCCUGAAGCAUGCUCUGUAUUUUGAAGCACAUGCGCAGAAGUAUGGGUUCAUCUUGCAUCGUUGUACCAACAGCUGGGGUGCCACUGCUCUGUUGGCUUCUGUCCACAAGACUCGCCGCCGUUCUGCAACAAGAGCUAUUGGUAGUACUUCUGACAGUAGCUCUUUUGAUGGUUUCUCGUCUUCUUUUUCUCUUUCUGGUAAUGGAGCUACUGGCAAUUGUCCUGGUGGUGAUGAUGGCCCAGAUGAGGGUGAAGAUGACGAUGAUAAUGAAGAUUUCCGCAACUCUACUGCUGGUCGCUUAGCUGCAUCAAGAAGCGUACACGCAACCCCAAUGGUUCCAAGAGACCCUAGUGAAUCUUACCUAGACUAUAGCUGGAGUUCCUGUGGAAUACAUCCACUAUGA